AUGUUUUUUACUCUUAUUAAUUCCAUUAUUAAUCCUCUUAUCCUAAUUAUCUGUGUUAUAUUAGCAGUUGCACUCCUCACACUAGUCGAGCGUAAAGUAUUAGGUUAUAUACAAUUACGAAAGGGCCCUAAUGUAGUUGGGCCUUAUGGUAUUCUACAACCCUUUGCUGAUGGUUUAAAAUUAUUAACUAAAGAACCUAUCUCUCCCUCUACUUCCUCAUCUUUCCUUUUCAUUUUCACCCCUAUUAUAGCCUUCGCAUUAGCCUUAACCCUUUGAACUCCUGUCCCCCUGCCGUUUCCUAUUGCUGAUUUAAAUUUAGGCAUCUUAUUUAUUCUGGCAUUAUCAAGCCUAGCAGUUUAUUCUAUUCUAGGCUCAGGAUGAGCAUCCAAUUCAAAGUAUGCUCUAAUUGGGGCCUUGCGAGCUGUAGCACAAACCAUUUCCUAUGAAGUAAGCUUAGGCCUAAUUCUUUUAUGUGCUAUUAUGUUUACAGGAGGAUUCACCCUUCAAACUUUUAGCACCGCUCAAGAAGCUACUUGAUUAAUUAUUCCAGCUUGACCACUUGCCGCAAUAUGAUAUGUUUCCACAUUAGCAGAGACAAACCGUGCCCCCUUUGAUUUAACAGAAGGCGAGUCUGAACUCGUGUCAGGUUUUAAUGUAGAGUAUGCUGGCGGACCUUUUGCCCUAUUUUUUCUAGCAGAAUAUGCUAAUAUUCUUUUGAUAAAUACCCUCUCCACCACUCUUUUUCUUGGCUCCUGCUUAAAUCAUAAUUACCCCGAAAUUACAUCCACUGCUUUAAUAAUUAAAGCCACUAUUCUCUCAGUAUUAUUCCUUUGAGUACGAGCAUCCUAUCCCCGGUUUCGAUAUGACCAGCUUAUGCACUUAAUUUGAAAAAAUUUUUUACCUAUUACUCUGGCUUUAGUAAUUUGACAUCUAUCUCUUCCUAUUACCUUUUCGGGUCUUCCCCCUCAGCUUUAA